AUGGGUGUCCUGAGCCUUACGGUCUCCAGCGCCGAGAAGGGCGUCAAGAAGACGAUGCAGUUCGAGCCGUCCACACUUGUUUACGACGCAGCCAAACUGAUUAGGGACAAAUUCAAUAUGACCGAUGUGAACCGUAAGACACCAGACGAAAAUGGUUCACGUCAACAAUUUCAGUUCCCAAUUUCAGAUAAUGAUUAUGGCCUGUUCCGAGUGGAAGACGAUCCGACAAAGUGCGCGUGGAUGGAAGGCGGUCGGACGCUCGAGUACUAUCUCGUGAGGAACAAGGAUGAGAUCGAGUACAAGAAAAAGAUCCGGUUGCUGAAGGUUCGCAUGCUCGACGGAGCAGUCAAGACGAUUUCCGUGGACGAGAGUCAGCCGGUCUCGCAGCUGAUGCUCACCAUCUGCAAUAAGAUCGGAAUCUCGAACUACGAAGAGUACAGUCUGGUCCGAGAUGACCUCCUUCUCAACGGAGCCAGCAAUUCCACGUGGAAUCUCAGAGAAGAGAGAUCAAAGAGCACGGAGAGAGGAGUGUACGGAACGAUGGGAAGGAAAAAGGAGCAGAAGCUGGAAGAGCUUAGAAAGAAAUUGCACACGGACGAAGAACUUCCGUGGCUGGAUCACAAGAAGACCCUCAGAGAGCAGGGAAUUCCAGAGGAAGAGACGCUGAUCCUCAGAAGAAAGCUCUUCUUCAGUGACACCAACGUCGACUGCCACGAUCCAAUUCAGCUGAACCUUCUCUACGUACAGUGCCGAGACGGUGUCCUCAGAGGACUUCAUCCAGUUCAAAAGGAGACCGCUUUUCAGCUGGGAGCCUAUCAGGCUCACAUUCAGUACGGAGACUUCCCCUACGAAAACCCAAAGUUCCAUUUGGACGUACGAGAUGUCCUUCCGAAAGAGUACCACAAGAGCAAAGACAGUGACAAGGUUGUCGCCUUCUACAAAGAGCUGAGUGGAACUCCAGAAAUCGACGCGAAGAGCAAGUACGUUCAUUUGUGCAGGGAGCUGAAGACGUACGGAGUCACAUUCUUCGUCGUCAAGGAGAAGAUGGUCGGGAAGAAUAAGUUGGUGCCGAGACUUCUGGGAGUGAACAAGGACAGCGUGAUGCGGGUGGACGAGAAGACGAAACAGAUUCUCAAGGAGUGGCCGUUGGAGCAAGUGCGCAGAUGGGCUUCCUCCCCAAAGACAUUCAAUUUGGACUUUGGAGACUACCAGGACGGAUACUACUGUGUGCAAACCGCCGAUGGAGAGAAGAUCGGACAGUUGAUCGGAGGCUACAUUGAUAUCAUUCUCAAGAAGAGAGAAACUCGCGACCACCGAGGAAUCGAGGGAGACGAAGGAUCCACAAUGCUCGAAGAUAUGGUUGCUCCGGCCAAGGCGACGCUGGUGGCUCACGGACAAAUCGGAGGUGGACAGCACGCGACGGACGGAUUGGUGGCGGUGAGAGGAGUGCUGAGGACGCCACAAGGCGGCCAUGGAUACGGUAUCAACGGAGCACAGUACGGAGCUGUGAGCGGAGAGAUUGUCUCGCAAGAAUUGGCCAGAGUGAGUAAGAGAAAGAGAAUGAAUUGACGCUGAAAUUAGUUUGAACCGGUUACAGGAGGGAAAGAUGACAAGCUGGAGAAAAUAGGUACACUUCUGGCUUUUGUCAACUGUUUUGUCACCUUUCCUUUCUUUUUUCUGUUAAUUUCAGUUUACCUCUUUCCUUUCCACAACAUCCCUUCAAACUGCUAACUUCUUUAUGGUUUCAGGCUCAACGCAUGCGAUACCAGGACAUGUACCAACAGCCACAACGCGCGCUCAUCGGAACCAUCGAAGCCACGAUCCGCACUGUCAACGAAGCCGAGGUUGAGCUGGAAGCAGAACCACAGAUCGACAUUCCGAAGUUCAACGACGACCUUUCCGCGAACCGCUGGAUCGACGAGCAGUUGGCGGUGAACAAAGAGAACGUGAACGAGAGACUCGCCGCGAUGGGAGCAGCCACUGCGCAAGUUGUUCAGUGGACUGCCGUCGAGGAAUACGACGAUCGCGUCGGCACGGCAAUCGCCACAAUCGGCUCCAAUCUUCCGGAUGUCAGCAGAAACGUCCGUGACAUGGGAGCAUUCAUGGAUCACGAGGAGCGCGGAGACCUCGUCGAGGCCACUCGUCUUCUGUGCAGAUCGUUCGGCGACUUCCUUACGGCCGUAAAUCCGGAAACCGGCGAGAAGCGCAACAAAGUGUUCACGGCAGCCGGUCGAGUGGGAGAGUUCUCGCAACAAGUCAUCAACACAAUGGAGCCGCCGAGCACCACUCAACGACAGUUCGACGACCAUCUGGUGCAGAAGGCGAAGAAUGUGGCGACGUCGACGGCGCAGCUUGUUCUCUGGUAGGUUCGGGGGUUCAAUCCCAUCACUCUUAUCCGCCCCUCUAUCAAGGGGGAAAUGGGGGCUAAGCUGAGACUAUCUCCCCCCGUCAUUCUGAUAUCCUGGGAGAAGAACCUGUUGUUGCGCAGGCAGCCGGGCAGCCGCACCCUUAUUCACUUGCUUACGUUAGCCUGUGUCAUCAUCAUCCGUCUAUCUGUACAUCACUCCCCUCCUUCCCAUCUAUUAUCAUCUUUUGGGUGUUACAAAAACGAAAAAGAAGGAGACUAGCCAGGCGUCUUCCUCCUUUUCGCCUUCUUUCCCUGUGAACCACUUCUCCCUUUGCUACGUGGAGAAGUUGAGAAACGAUGCGGACGAAGCAGAGGCCGAGUGUGGUGAGCGACGUGCACGUCUUCCAUUAUUAUAAUGGAACGAGUGCUCGCCCGCCGCCGAUAAGUGUCACUCUGCCGCGCAGAAGGCAUCCGCAGAGGAGUGGCAGUGUCAGCUGGUCGGGCGGCUCGAGCAGCUCCACUUCCUCGCUGUUCUCUAGAAGAAAUCACGGGUUAGAGACACUACUGUCAUCUGCCAAAUCGCUUUAAAUUCUAAUAUUUUUCAAUUUCAGCGCCAAGACCAUCUCCGCAGAAUGCAACGAAGAGCCAGAGAUCCAGGACAAGGUCAUCCAGUCGGCGACAAAGUGUGCGUUUGCCACGUCACAGCUCGUCGCCUGUGCUCGUGUCGUUGCUCCAACCAUCGACAACUCGGCUUGCCGGGAUCAGCUCGAGACAGCCGCCACCGAAGUUUCCCACUCUGUCAGCAAUCUCCUUCACGACGCCAAGUAUGCUGUCCGCCAGGAAUCCAGUCUCACAGACAUCCACACCGCCGCCCGUCAAGUCACAAGUGCUCUCGAUAGUCUUCUGGAGCACGCCAAGACGAGCCCGAAGACUGUGACACGACGCGAAGAGGAAGAGGAGUACAACGAGGUGCUCAGAAGAACGAACAGAAUGAUUGCUCACCAGGGACCGAGUGAAGACUUGACGAGAGAGGCGAAGAAGGUGAUCAGACACAGCCAGAUCCUCACGGAGCAGUUCCAACACGAGGCUCAUCAGAGACCAGAGCACCGCGACCGACUUUUGGACGCCGCCAAGAAGGUGGCUCACGCCACGUCCGAAAUGAUUCUGGCCACCGAGCAAGCCGAAUCGCAGCCGAGACAAGUCGAAUCCGAAUGGGCACUGCGUUCGGCGGCCGAGCGACUCGGUCAAGUGACGAACGAAACGACGCAAGAGCAGCAGGAGAAGCACAUUAUGCAACGACUGGAGCAGGCGGCCAAAGAGACCGCCUUCGACGCCACGCAGACGAUAUCGGCAGCGAAUGCCGCGAAAGUGAGUCCGAGCGGAAUGCGUGACUGAACUGACCGGGGCACGGGUGUGCGCAAGUGACUGGCGUGGCUUGAGCGUGUAAGACAGGGACAGACUCGGCGAAUUUUGCAGCAGAAGCAGAAAGAGCACACGCGCACCGAGACCACUGAACAGCUUCUAGUCGAUGACACUCAUACUAUCCUACGCAUUCGUUAG